GAUGUGCAAAUUUUUUGUCGCGAGAUUUCUUACGCGCGUAAUUAGUAUAUAGGUUCCUAUACAUACACUUUGCUGAUUUGUUUUAAUUAAACCGAGCGAACAAUGAAAUAAACCAUUUUUCGUCUAAGAACAUUAUCAGUGAAUUUAUACUAAAGUGCCACUAAAAAGUUUACACAUUUAAAAUUACGGAAGUUUUAUUUUACUCGCAUAUACAGAAUAUACACUAUCAUAAAAUAUGUUGAUUAAAAGAAAUUUAAGCGGUCGAAAUCUUCUGCUGUUAACAAUGCUUUUAUUUAUUACAGCCGCAAAAACAAAUGCAAACGAUGCUAAUGUGAAUACGACAAUCGUGUCAGAAAAAUUAGGAAAUGUAAAAGUGUUCACGGUGGCUUCAGACCAGACUGAUGGUUACUUGCGUUUUAUAAGAUCGGCAAAAGUCUACGAUAUAGAGGUAACAACUUUAGGUCUUUUCGAAAAAUGGAAAGGUGGCGAUAUGAGUGGCCCUGGCGGAGGUUUUAAAAUUAAUCUUUUGCGCGAAGCUAUCAAACCAUUGAAAGAUGAUGAAAAUAUGCUUAUUAUGUUUACCGAUAGCUACGAUGUUGUAUUCACUUCCUCUUUAGAUGCCAUUGUUGAAAAGUUCAAAGCUACCGGAGCAAAAUUACUUUUCUCAGCUGAAAAAUUCUGUUGGCCUGAUAGCAGUUUAGCUUCCCACUACAAAAUAUUGGAAGCUAAUGCCUCACCUUAUUUAAAUUCAGGUGGCUUUAUAGGAUAUGCGCCGGAAGUCUGGUCUCUGCUGCAGAAACCCAUUGAGGAUACUGCCGAUGAUCAACUUUACUAUACGAAACAGUAUCUCGAUGAAAAACAAAGAGAAAAAUUGGGGAUGCAAUUGGACACGCAUUCGUCGGUAUUUCAAAAUUUGAAUGGAGCGAAAGAAGAUGUCAAAUUGGAUGUUGAUUUGGAAACAAACGAAGGUGUAUUGAAAAAUAUCAAUUUCCUAACAACACCAAGUGUUGUGCAUGGCAAUGGCCCAAGCAAAGUGGAAUUGAAUGCAUUUGCGAAUUAUUUAGCGAAAACUUUUAAUCAUAACUGUUUAAUCUGCCAAGAGAAUCGCAUUGAAUUGGAUGAAAAUCAUUUACCUGUAAUUACUUUGUCCAUUAUGAUUAAUAAUGCGGUGCCGUUUUUCGAUAUGUUUUUAAAGAAAAUUGAAGACUUAAAUUAUCCAAAACGACAAAUACAUUUAUUUAUAUACAGUGGUGUUGAAUAUCACGACGCUAUGGCGAAAUCUUUUUUGAAAGCUUGGGAAAAUAAAUAUAAAAGUGCUAAAAUUGUUUUGUCAACUGAUCAAUUAGAUGAACGACGAGGCAGACAAUUGGCCUUACGACAAGCCAUACAAAAACAAAGUGAUUACGCUUUCUUUAUUGAUGCUGACACUCAUAUCGAUGACAAUCAAGUUUUGAGAGAACUUUUAAUACUAAAUCGACAAUUUGUGGCCCCGAUCGUAACUAAACAUAACGAAUUAUGGAGCAAUUUCUGGGGCGCAUUAUCCGAAAGUGGUUACUAUGCACGAUCGCACGAUUAUGUUGACAUCGUCAAGGGAGAUAUUGUCGGCAUGUGGAAUGUACCAUACGUCUCGAGCAUUUAUUUGAUCAAAAAUACUGCCUUCAAGUAUAUUAAUUAUGAUCAUCAAUAUUAUGAUCCCGACAUGGCUAUGUGCGAAUCGUUACGCAAUUCGGGUGUUUUUAUGUAUGUCAUCAAUGAUCGCCUUUACGGGCAUAUUGUAAAUGCAGAUAAUUUUGAUAUCACCUUAGCUCGUCCCGACUUUUAUACUUUAUUCUCGAAUAAAUAUGAUUGGAUUGAAAAAUAUAUACAUCCUAACUACACUAAACAAUUGGAAGACAAUUUCAAUUAUAUACAGCCUUGUCCAGAUGUUUAUUGGCUUCAUGUAGUCACUGAUGCAUUUUGCGACGAUUUGGUGGCUAUAAUGGAAAACUUUGGCAGAUGGUCGGACGGCAGCAAUAAUGAUAGUCGCUUGGAAGGUGGAUAUGAAGCGGUACCGACACGUGAUAUACAUAUGAAACAAGUUGGCCUCGAUCCAUUAUGGCUGGAAUUUCUUAAAUUAUUCGUUAGCCCAUUGCAAGAGAGAGUGUUCAUUGGCCAUCACGGUCCACCACGAUCACUUAUGAAUUUCGUAGUACGCUACAAACCCGAUGAACAACCAUUCCUUCGACCCCAUCACGAUGCCUCGACUUAUACAAUUAAUUUGGCUUUAAAUCGUGUCGACAUCGAUUAUGAAGGAGGUGGUUGUCGUUUUAUACGUUACAAUUGCUCAAUCACUGCCACAAAAAAGGGUUGGAUGCUUAUGCAUCCCGGACGUUUAACUCAUUUUCAUGAAGGCUUGCGCGUCACAAGCGGUACACGUUAUAUCAUGAUUUCUUUCGUCGAUCCAUAAACCAAGAAUUCACUUAAUGUGCCAUAAAAACCUAUAUAUUUAAAUACAAAAAUAAGUCCAAAGCUUGCAAUAUUUUUCAAAUUUGUCAUAAAUG